GUUACUGCCAUAAGAAACGCAUUAAGCAAUACAAGAGAACGGACGCAACGACACAUCGAGAAAUAUUUUAAUAAACGCAAAUGUACGAUAUAGCAUUGAAUCAAGAGACGCGCAAUUUAUUCCAGCUUACCCCAGUUGGAAGGUAUUUCGUAUCUCAAGGGGGUUAUCCAGCUUUCGUGAACGACGUGAUUAUGCCCAUGAUAGCGAAACUUGCAGUCGAACUUCACGAAGCACGAGUAGCAUGCAGUGAGAUGUACCCAAUAGUUCGACGGCGAGUGCAGAACUACGUACUCGAAGAGGCUACAAAAGAAGGAUUUCUAUGCGCCAGGCCGCGUCGCAGAAUAAGGCAUCAGAACAGAAAAGAACAGGGCUGCACAGAUGACAAGGGCUGCGCAGAUGGCAAAAGCUGCGCAGAUGACAAAGGCUGCACAGAUGACAAAGGCUGUGUAGAUUACAAAGGCAGCGCAAAUGACAAGGGCUGCACUAAUGACAAGGGCUGCGAAGAUGACAAAAGCCGCACAGAUGACAAAGGCUGCGCAGAUGACAAAGACUUCGCAGAUAUCAAGGGCUCCACAUAUGACACGGGCUGCGCAGAUGAAAACGGCUGCGCAGAUGACAAUGGCUGCGCAGAAGACAAAAGCUGCGCAAAUGACAAAGGCUGCGCAGAUGACAAAGGCAGUGCAGAUGACAAGACAUGCACAGAUGACAAAGGCUGUGCAGAUGACAAAGGCUGCGCAGAUGAAAAAGGCUGCGCAGAUGACAAAGGCUGCGCAGAUGACAAGGGUCUCAGAGAUGACAAGGGAUGCACAGAUAACACGGGUUGCGCAGAUGACAAAGGCUACGCAGAUGACAAAGGCUGCGAAUAUGACAAAGGCUGUGCAGAUGAAAAAGGCUGCGCAUAUGACAAUAGCAGUGCAGAUGACAAAGGCUGCGCAUUUGACAAAGGCGGUGCAGAUGACAGUGCAGAUGACAAAGGCUGCGCAGUCGACAAAGGCAGUGUAGAUGACAAAGGCUGUGCAGAUGACAAAGGCUGCGCAGAUGACAAAUGCAGUGAAGAUGACAAUGGCUACGCAGAUGACAAAGGCUGCGCAGAUGACAAAGGCUGCGCAGAUGAAAAAGGCAGUGUAGAUGACAAAGGCUGUGCAGAUGACAAAGGCUGCGCAGAUGACAAAUCCAGUGAAGAUGACAAAGGCUGCGCAGAUGACAAAGGCAGUGCAGAUUAUAAAGGCUGCGCAGAUGAAAAAGGCUGCGCAGAUGACAAAGGCUGCGCAGAUGACAAAGGCUGUGCAGAUGGCAAAGGCUGUGCAGAUCACAAAGGCUGCGCAGAUGACAAAGGCAGUGCAGAUGACAAGGCAUGCACAGAUGACAAAGGCUGUGCAGAUGACAAAGGAUGCGCAGAUGACAAGGGCUGCGAAGAUGACAAAGGCUGCGCAGAUGACAAGGGUCAUAGAGAUGACAAUGGCUACACAGAUAACACGGGCUGCGCAGAUGGCAAAGGCAACGCAGAUGACAAAGGCUGCGCAUAUGACAAAAGCUGCGCAGAUGACAAAGGAAGUGCAGAUGACAACGCAUGCACAGAUGACACAGACUGUGCAGAUGACAAAGGCUGCGCAGAUGAUAAAGGCUGCGCAGAUGACAAUGGCUGCGCAGUUGACACGGGCUGCACAGAUGACAAUGGCUGCGCAUAUGACAAAGACUGUGCAGACGACAAAGGCUACGCAGAUGACAAUGGCUACGCAGAUGACAAAGGCUGCGAAUAUGACAAAGGCUGCGAAGAUGACAAAGGCUGCGAAGAUGACAAAGGCUUCGAAGAUGGCAAAAACUGUGCAGAUGACAAAGGCUGCGCAGAUGACAAUUGCUGCACAGAUAACACGGGCUGCGCAGAUGACAAAGGCUACGCAGAUGACAAAGGCUGCGAAGAUGACAAAGACUGCGAAGAUGACAAAGUCUGUGCAGAUGACGAUGGUAGUGCAGAUGACAAAGGCUGCGCAGAUGACAAAGGCUGCGCAGAUGACAAAGCCUGUGCAGAUGGCAAAGGCUGUGCAUAUGACAAAGGCUGCGCAGAUGACAAAGGCUGCGCAGAUGACAAAGGCUGCGCAGAUGAAAAAGGCAGUGUAGAUGACAAAGGCUGUGCAGAUGACAAAGGCUGCGCAGAUGACAAAUCCAGUGAAGAUGACAAAGGCUGCGCAGAUGACAAAGGCAGUGCAGAUUAUAAAGGCUGCGCAGAUGAAAAAGGCUGCGCAGAUGACAAAGGCUGCGCAGAUGACAAAGGCUGUGCAGAUGGCAAAGGCUGUGCAGAUCACAAAGGCUGCGCAGAUGACAAAGGCAGUGCAGAUGACAAGGCAUGCACAGAUGACAAAGGCUGUGCAGAUGACAAAGGAUGCGCAGAUGACAAGGGCUGCGAAGAUGACAAAGGCUGCGCAGAUGACAAGGGUCAUAGAGAUGACAAUGGCUACACAGAUAACACGGGCUGCGCAGAUGGCAAAGGCAACGCAGAUGACAAAGGCUGCGCAUAUGACAAAAGCUGCGCAGAUGACAAAGGAAGUGCAGAUGACAACGCAUGCACAGAUGACACAGACUGUGCAGAUGACAAAGGCUGCGCAGAUGAUAAAGGCUGCGCAGAUGACAAUGGCUGCGCAGUUGACACGGGCUGCACAGAUGACAAUGGCUGCGCAUAUGACAAAGACUGUGCAGACGACAAAGGCUACGCAGAUGACAAUGGCUACGCAGAUGACAAAGGCUGCGAAUAUGACAAAGGCUGCGAAGAUGACAAAGGCUGCGAAGAUGACAAAGGCUUCGAAGAUGGCAAAAACUGUGCAGAUGACAAAGGCUGCGCAGAUGACAAUUGCUGCACAGAUAACACGGGCUGCGCAGAUGACAAAGGCUACGCAGAUGACAAAGGCUGCGAAGAUGACAAAGACUGCGAAGAUGACAAAGUCUGUGCAGAUGACGAUGGUAGUGCAGAUGACAAAGGCUGCGCAGAUGACAAAGGCUGCGCAGAUGACAAAGCCUGUGCAGAUGGCAAAGGCUGUGCAUAUGACAAAGGCUGCGCAGAUGACAAAGGUUGCGCAGAUGACAAAGGCUGCGCAGAUGACAAAGGCAGUGCAGAUGACAGCGCAUGCACAGAUGGCAAAGGCUGUGCAGAUGACAAAGGCUGCGCAGAUGAUAAAGGCUGCGCAGAUGACAAUGACUGCGCAGAUGAUACGGGCUGCGCAGAUGACAAAGGCAGUGCAGAUGACAAAGACUGCGCAGAUGACAAAGGCUACGAAGAUGACAAAGGCUGUGCAGAUGACAAAGGCUGCGCAGAUGACAAAGGCUGCGCAGAAGACAAAGGCUGCGCAGAUGACAAAGGCUGUGCAGAUGGCAAAGGCUGUGCAGAUGACAAAGGCUGCGCAGAUGACAAAGGCUGCGCAGAUGACAAAGGCUGCGCAGAUGACAAAGGCAGUGCAGAUGACAACGCAUGCACAGAUGACAAAGGCUGUGCAGAUGACAAAGGCUGCGCAGAUGAUAAAGGCUGCGCAGAUGACAAUGACUGCGCAGAUGAUAUGGGUUGCGCAGAUGACAAUGGCUGCGCAUAUGACAAAGACUGCGCAGAUGACAAAGGCUACGCAGAUGACAAAGGCUGCGAAGAUGACAAAGGCUGUGCAGAUGACAAAGGCUGUGAAUAUGACAAAGGCUUUGCAGAAGACAAAGGAUGCGCAGAUGACAAAGGCUGUGCAGAUGGCAAAGGCUGUGCAUAUGACAAAGGCUGCGCUGAUGACAAAGGAUGUGCAGUUGACAAAGGCUGCGCAGAUGACAAAGACAGUGCAGAUGACAAGGGUCUCGCAUAUGACAAAGGCUGCGCAGAUGACAAUGGCUGCAAUGAUGAUGACAACGGGAUUGAGGAUUGCGUGCUCCUGGGUGAUGACAAGAACCGCUCUGACGAAAAGUACCUGCAGCCAUAUAAGGACGACGCCAAUAGUGGCUUAGCAAAGAAGAAGGCGUCGGGCACAGGACGGCAACUCCUAAAACGAAUCCAUGGAGUAUUAAGACGAUCGUGUUGCAUUCAGAAAAUCAAAGACUAACUUGACAAAAAAAUUGUUCUCUUCCAUUUAUUAUAUAGUUAUUUCAUUUGAAUAAAGUUUGAUCAACAUAA